AUGGCAGCCGUAACAACCAACGGCGAUGCCGCCGCAUCCGUUCUUGACGACAUCAAGCCUCCCGCUGGCGUCGUCCUUCCUCCUCGCGAGAUUCGAAAUGUCCUUGAGAAAACUGCCGGCUACGUAGCGCGCAACGGCGCCGUCUUCGAGGAUCGUAUUCGCGACAAGGAGCGUUCCAACCCAAAAUUUAGCUUUCUUAACCCUUCCGAUGCCUAUCACCCCUUCUAUCAAUGGCGACUUGAUGAAGUGAAGAGUGGACGUGGCACAGCAAUUGCUGCUGGCCGUGCGAAUGAACCUGCCGCUGAACCUCCCAAGCCCCAGGGACCUCCGAAACCCGUCGAUUUUCAAUUCUCCGCGCGAACGCCUCGCAUCGCCCGAAAAGAUUUGGAUGUAAUUCAACUUGCCGCCUUAUUUGUUGCUAAAAACGGACGGCAAUUCAUGACACAGCUGGCUCAGCGAGAAGCUGGCAACCCGCAGUUUUCGUUCCUUAUUCCCAACCAUACUCUCCACAACUUUUUCCAGCAUAUCGUUGAUCAGUAUACAACACUUUUGCGCGCGAGCGGCCUGAGUGGAGAAGGUGGAAAGCUUCAAGAAGAGCGUGUAAGAGAACUUGAAGCCAACAUCAAGGAUAAGUUCCUUGUUCUUAACCGCGCCAGGCAACGAGCUGAAUAUGCCAAAUUCGUCGAGUCCGAACGUCAAAAGAAAGAAGAGGAGGAAGAAAAGCAGAAGGAGGAAUUUGCUCAAAUCGAUUGGAGCGACUUUGUUGUUGUUGAAACCAUCACUUUCAACGAGGCCGAUGACCACGCCAACCUCCCCCCUCCAACCAAUCUUUCCGAUCUCCAGUAUGCAUCGCUCGAAGACCGCAACAAUGCAUCUAUCAGCGCGAGCUUUCGAAUCGAGGAGGCCAUGCCCGACGAGGAUACUAGUUACAACGCAUAUCCCAACCAGCCCGUCGCUUACCCUAUUGCUCCUCAGCAACCAGCCUACCAGCCGGCUCAGAUGCCCCCACCAAUGCAGCCUUACGCUCCUCUUCCACAACAAGCGCAGCGAUCCGCCCAGGAGGAGGAAGAAGAGCGACGUAUCCAGGAGCGCGCAGAGCAGCAAGCACGCAAGCAGCAGGCUACUGCCGAAGCGCGCGGCGGUGCUCCUCCUAUGAAGAUCAAGGAGAACUACGUUCCACGUGCGGCACAAAAGGCUGCUAACAAACAAGGUGCUCAGAUGGCUCUUUGCCCCAACUGCAAGCAGCAAAUCCCCAUGAACGAACUCGAGGCCCAUAUGCGAAUUGAACUUCUCGAUCCUAGUUGGAAGGAGCAAAAGGCCAAGGCAGACUCGCGCUAUGCUUCGACCAACAUAUCCCAUGUCGACGUUGCAAACAAUCUGAAGCGUCUUGCCAGCCAGCGAAGCGACGUCUUUGACCCUGUGACUGGGCAAGCAAUUUCUGAGGACGAGCUGGCGCGUAGAAAGAAGGCUGCUAUACACAGCUACGAUGGUGCCAUGGACGCUAAGAGCCAAGCACAACUGGGACACAUGCAAAACGUUAACGUCGAGGACCAGAUCCGUGCCAUUCACCAAAAGUUCGCUGACAAAAAGUGA